UCUGUCCGUCGGAUUGUCCCCGACCUCAAACCCAGAACACAUCGGAAUCCAGUCCACGUACGACUGGAAACUGCAGUUUAUUUUGCCCCCAGUGUUCGUUUGGUACACACAACCUGGAAAACUUUGCGGAACAUUUGGGAUCUUGUCUUCCACUACCAUCGCAGACAAAGAACUUGCGGUCGCUCUCUGUUACCUGUUCACUACAUCACUGUUCCGUCUGCGGCUGGAUCACUUCAGCUAAGAAUAUGCUCCUCGAACACCUACAUGAAUCGCAUCCUGGUGUUUCGGAAACCGCUGGUGUAAUCACGGAGGAGUUCACUGUACCGCGGUUCGAUGAUCCGGCGGCGGCUACAGCUCCAUUGGCAGAGGAAUAUCAACCAGCGUAUUCGGCUGCCGCGAACUCCACUAUGGCCGUUCUUUCCGCAGUCACGUCCAAAUUGGGCGAACUGUCCGGUUUGUUCUCCGGAAGAGAUCUCCCUAUGCUUGGACAUGGAGAUCUCCCAGGUCCAGUGAGCGCCUCUCCACCUUUGCGCGGGAACAACUGCGUUGGUGACGUUCAAAAGAAAUCAUCUUCCUCCAAUGCUUACGACACCGAUGGAUCACGUCUUCGGCAGGAUACACAUACGACCGAUUAUCAUCAAAGUGACCCAGAUACAUCCAACCUCUUUCACCAGCAGCAUCCUCAAAGUUCUCCCGCUGCGGAUGGAACGAACAAAUGGCCUGCUACACAGGAGUAUGUACAGCUGUAUUUCAACGAGGCCGCCUUUGUAGCAGCCUAUACGAGAAACGAGAAGCUCGGCUUGACCAAUCGUGCUGCUCAAAGUGCAGAGUUGACCGAUCUACUGGAAAAGCUCAGGCGUUUCGCUGGUUAUAGAGUCCCUAUCCUGGGCCGUGCUAACCAGCGUCGCGUGGCCGGUUGUCCAGUCUGUUUGAAAGCGUUCAAUCAUGGUUUUACAGACUUGAAAAAACAUUUGAUGAUCGCUCACCUCAACGUACGACGUACCAUAACUCGUUUCGCCCUAGAUUUCACGCACUACUCUCGAUCGUCUACGGACGAAUUGGCAACAUCCGAUGUGAGUGCUUCCCACCCAACGCCUGAACUGAAGCAACAACCACUGCAUCGCCUCACAGUACGACCGCCAUCGCGCCAGUUCCGCCGGAGGUCUUUCAUCCACUCCCUCAAUUGCACAACUGUCAAGAAACGCACCGUUGUCCCGAAGCUUUCAACUCCUUUGAAAUCUGAGACUCCCAAUUCUACAGAACCAAGGACUCCAGACGAGUUAUUCCCGCUUGUCACCUCCCCGACUUCAGCUUAUAUUGGAAGCGCUCCAGUGCAUCGUGUUAUACCUGGAACUGGUGUUUCUGAUCAGUAUGAGGAUAUGAAAACCUUAGAAGAAGUCGCUUCCGAAGCCCCGGCCGGUCGUGGAGGAAUAAUUCACUUGGAUGAUGCAGGGAAGCCACUCUCAGCGGCUCUCGCUGCCGCCAGUCAACCCCACACAGUCAAUGCUACCAAGCCCUCAGAUGCUGACGAGGUUUUCCUCCCUAGACUUGGUCGUCAACACGUUCAAUUAGCUUACUCGUACCCUGUGUUCAAGCGUUUACUCGAGGCCUACCAAGUUCCAAUGACUGAACGCAUCCAGCUCGUCAAUCGGAUGAAUCAUUAUGCUCGAAUGCAUGUCAUCAUGGAUGUGUUGGUUCCGAGUGGAGCGCAGAAGCGUUUCUCCUGUCCGACCUGUAUGUACACCUCGGUUCAUUCUCUGGCCGAUAUUCGGAAACACAUCAUGGGCUCCCACUGUGGUAUCUCCACCAAACGGUUUCGUCUGUGUUUACGUGCGUCUAGGCACGACACAACGACCUAUCGCCUGCACUCGGACGACCGUAUGAUCCGUUUUGUGCAAGAUCACCGUCGUCGACAGAUGCAGUCUUCAGCUACUAAUCACCACGUUGAAUCAGACGAAGAUGCGUGUGUAGAAAAGUCAUCUGUCCAUAGAAAUGAGGAACAAAGUCGUAAUGUUGGUGGUGGCGAUCUGCCUGUCGCCAGUAAAGUUCCUCACUUCCGUUCAAACAUCCCAACAACGUCCCAAGAAGAAUUGGAAACUAUGACCAUUGAGGCGGACCCCGACGAUGAGUACGAGGAUGAACCACCGGACGAAGUGCAUCGAAUUCAUCAAGAGUGUGAUAAUCGGUUCUUGACGGCCACUCCUGUCAACAGUAUAAUCGAACAAGAGUUGUCCGCAAAACCCGAGGCGCCCACAGAUGCGGCCACGGUGCUCGCCAAUACCAUACUGAAAAGCUAUCCGGAGGAAACUUCUCGACGCAACGAAGAGAUCCAUCGACGCGUGACUCUCCCGUACUCCACGGAUGUUCUUCGUACGCUCCUCGAACGAGAGGGUUUACUUGAGCAUCUACAGGACUUGCUCGAAAAAAUGGAAAUCUACGCAAACCAUCACCUGACCGUGAUAUCUCGUGGCAAUCGAAUUAUCGCCUACAUUUGCAUUUGCGGCCGGCGUUUUUCGAUGGAGAAUGUCAAUUCACAAGCCUUGGCUGCUCGGCAUUCCCGUCUAGACUUGGAAGCACCACACCGAAUUCUCACUGUUGAAGAAGCUGUUUCCUGGGGCCGAGAUUUAUCACUUCCAAGUACGUGGACUCUUGAACGAAUCGUCCGUUUGCAGUACAAUGAGAGUGUGUUUGAUGAGCAGCUGAGGCGUUUGCUACCCAACAACGAAUUGUUCAUUGAAAGUCUUCAUGAACGAAUGAGGGUAUACAGUCGCCACGCUGUUUACAUUGCCAGACUUCAUACCACUGCAAGUCCACCUCAGCGCAUUUACGUAUGUUGCGCGUGUCUAUCCACCUCCCAACAUGGAUUUGGUGACGUGCGGAAACAUAUUUUGGGUGUACAUGCUCACAUACCGGAACGCUUCAAAACCAUUGCCAUGAAUUCCAGUCGUCUCAACCGAGAGGACUAUUCUCUUCAGACUGAAAACUCGGCUCCGAUUUCAUCUCGGCCAUCCUCGUCUUCUCAUUCUCGGAUACGUAGAACCACUCUGCGAAAGACCGGUUUAAACAAUUUAACUUCACAACAUUCAUCUCGGAAACGUUCACUAACAGCUGUCGGCUCACCCGUGCUGCGCUCACAUGUAACCAGUCCUCCGCGAAAGAAAGCGUGCUCCGGCGAUGACCCUGUUGGUGAAGUUUUCUUCAACAAUGGAAACGAAUCGCUCAGGUCGCCCUCAGAUCUGCAUGAGGACGCCACAAGCCACACUCACCUAAACGGGACCUUGUCACCGUCGGGCUCUAAAGCAUCGUUUCGCGAAGAUCCAUCCCGACCUCCAAUCAUUCUGAUGUUACCCCGCCCCAAAGCAUUUCACCCUUCACGUAGUCCUGAACAGUCCGACUUUUCUAUAUCAGGUAGUGACAUGGAACGAGCCAUAAGUGAUGAUCUGAUCUCAGCUGAGGCGUCGCGCAGUCGACGCUCAAUGAUUUUGAAAUCCAAACGUCCGUGUCCGACCACCACAUAA